AUGCCACCAACACUUUACCUAAUUCGCCAUGGCCAAGGCGAACAUAACAUCAACAACGCUCAUCAUCUUCGUGACCCAUUAUUGACUACAACGGGAAAAGACCAAUGUCUUCAGCUUAGAAGCGAAUUUCCAUUUGCUAAAGAUGUCUCGGUUUUGCUUGCUUCUCCCCUGCAACGAACCAUUCAAACGGCAGCAUGGACCUUUGGUCCAGAGUUAGAGAGUCGCCAAUUGCCAUUCAUUCUGGUGCCCAAUGCGCAAGAAAUAAGUGGUUUCCAAUGUGACAUGGGUUGGGAUGAGGAAUAUGUCAAGGCAAAGGCCCCGGAUCUAAUCUUACAGGCUGCUCCGACUUUUGACGAGAGAAACCUGGACACAGCGCUUGUUAAUGGAAAGUGGAAUUCCAAGACAGGGAUAUAUGCUCCUACCCUGCCUGCUGUCCGCCGGCGUGCUGCCGAAUUACGACGCUGGCUCUGGAGUCGUCCUGAGAAGCACAUAGCUCUAGUAACCCACGGCGGCUUCCUACACUAUCUAAUGGAGGACUGGGCCACAUACGACAAAGCUCAUAGCACUGGCUGGCGAAACUGCGAAUGGCGACAAUUUGAAUUUACUGAGGAUUCAAAGGCAGAAGAUGCCCAUUUGACUGAAGUUGGAAACACUCAAGCAAAGAAAAAUAGACCUGCGGGCCUUGAUGCUCAUGUAAUCCAUGAGAUUGAAGAAGUUGAAAAAGCGUCUGUUUAA